CUGGUCACUUUCACUUUCACAAUGUGUUCAAAAACACUAGGUUCUAAAUCAUUUCUCUGUCCUUCCAUGAAGAACUCAUGCACAGAACACACUGAGUUACACACAUAAAAGGAGGAAACCACUGGAUAGGCACUCAGAAAUCAUGUGACCAGUGACUAAGUUAAAUCUUUCCUACUUAUUGAAAGGGAAGUGUCUGAUAUUAUUUACUUACCCUCUUUACAUUUUUAAACUUUUAGAGGCAUUGAAUCAUGCUACCAUUUAUGCUCUUUUCUACCCUGUUUUCUCCCAUAUUUACUGAGCCUGAAGAGCCCCGCUGGAUCUGCAGCUCCUCAGAUGCAAAUAUUUCAUACACCUACUGUGGGAGGGACUUAAAAAAGUUAUACUUCAAUCUCCAUAUAUCUAUGCGCUCCAUGAAACUGCCAAUACGCAAAGAAGUUAUUUGCAGAGGAUAUGAUGAUAAGUAUUCUUUCUGCAGAGCUCUGAAAGGAGAGACUGUGAAUGCAACAGUGUCCUUCUCCUUCAAGGGAAUACUAUUUGCUAAGGGCCGAUACAGUUGUGUUGCAGAAGCCAUCACUGGGGAUACUGACGAAAGGCUUUUUUGUUUAAACUUUACCAUCGACUCCCUCAUUUAAAUUAGAAUAAAUUGAGAAAACUUUUUAUUUUUUAAAAAUGUUCUUAUUUAAUGUAGUAGAGGGUACCCAUUUUAGGAUCUAUUUUAAUUGGGUAUGGGAAGAUGCAGGACACAGGAAUGACUGUUUUGAAGGAAAAUGUAUUCUGUUGUUAUUUAUUCAAGACAGGAUCUCUUUAUGUAGCCCAGGCUGGCUUUAA